AUUUGCUCGGAACCAGAAUUCGAGGUGUAAAUGUCAAUUAAUUGUCAAAGAUCCAUCUAUUAAUUGUCAUACAUCUAAUCAAUGUUUUAUUUAAUCACUAACUAUUAUUUGUAAUUUGUAAUGUUCAAAAUUUUGGUGAUACUAAUUCUUAUUGUAACUUGUCAACUUUCUCAAAUCGGUACACAAGACUGUUUAAUACCUGGCGGCUGUUCCGUACAACAUGAAUUCGAAGAGGAAGAUGAAGAAUGUCCUUUAGACGGACCUUUCAAUAUGGAACCCUAUCUAGAAUGUCCCGGAUAUGCAGUUAUACCUCCACCUGAUGUACGCAUCUAUAGCUCAAACAAAAAAGUAAUUCCUCUACAACAAUGUAGAACUUGUGAUUUAAAACUUAAUAAUGACAAUACUGGGGUAUUUGUUAGGUGUAUUCAAUGUUAUAAUAUACCCAAGGGUACAAAUGCUGGUUGGGGCUUUCUUACUAGCAAUUAAACUUGAAGAAAUAGAACCAGCAGGUAUUACAAAUACUGAAAUGA